GGACAAAUGCCACAUAAGGAGCUCUUAUCUUCUCCAACUUAAACCCUCCUUCAUUGUCAAGCUCCCUAUAACUCCAUACCCAAUUCAACAAACCAAAAAAAAAAACUCUCGAGACACCUAUUCGAGAUCUAGACACAGCUUCAUGGCUCACUUCCAAGACCAAAGAACCAAAUCCCAAAGGGUUCAAUACCCAGUUGACUCAAACGCAUACAAAAUCUUGGACGAGAUUGGUGUCGGCGUUAGUGCCACAGUUUACAAAGCAAUAUGCGUCCCCAUGAACUCAACUCUUGUUGCAAUCAAAUGCAUUGAUCUUGAUCAAUCUCGAGCCGAUUUUGAUAGUGUCAGACGUGAAACCAAGACCAUGUCACUUCUUUCACACCCUAACAUUCUUGAAUCCCACUGUUCUUUCACUGUUGAUCGCCAUCUUUGGAUGGUUAUGCCUUUCAUGUCUGCUGGUUCUCUCCAAUCCAUAAUCUCUUCUUCUUUCCCUGAUGGCCUACCAGAGCCAUGCAUAGCUGUAGUUCUCAAGGAAAUUCUAAACGCAUUGUCUUAUCUUCAUGAUCAAGGCCAUUUACACAGAGAUGUCAAGGCCGGCAACAUCGUUAUAGACUCAAAUGGAAAAGUAAAGCUCGCAGAUUUUGGCGUAUCAGCCUCAAUUUACGAGUUUAACACCCUUGAAAGGUCAUCCUCAUUGUCUUGCUCAUCAAGAAUGAGGUUAACUGAUCUUGCAGGGACGCCAUAUUGGAUGGCACCAGAGGUUAUACACUCCCAUACAGGUUAUAGUUUCAAAGCUGAUAUAUGGUCUUUUGGUAUCACUGCAUUGGAAUUAGCCCAUGGUCGCCCUCCUUUGUCUCACCUUCCUCCUUCAAAGUCUUUGAUCAUGAAGAUAACAAAGAGGUUUCGGUUCUCUGAUUGUCAUGAGGAGAAUCACAAGAAAAGUUGCAGGAACAAGAAGUUCUCUAAGGCUUUUAAAGAUAUGGUUGCUUCUUGUCUUGACCAAGACCCUUCAAAGAGACCUUCUGCUGCAAAGCUUUUGAAGCAUUCUUUUUUUAAAAACUGUAAAGGAUUAGACUAUUUUGUCAAAAAUGUUUUGCAUGGGUUGCCUAGUGUUGAAGAAAGAUUCAAAGAAGCCAAGGUUUUAAGUGGGAUAUCAAGCCAGAGUGGUACUGAUGUUGAAGAAGAAGAGAAGGGGGAUAUUGAUGGUGACUCUGUGAUUCAACGUGUGAAGACUAGAAGGAUUAGUGGCUGGAACUUCAACGAGGAAGGAUUCGAGCUUGACCCAGUAUUCCCUACUGACUCAAAAAAUGAUUCAGUUGUGAAACAGGUUCGUUUUGGAGGUGAAUCCAUCAUUCAAGAUAAGAAAAUUGAGUUCAGCGAGUCAGACGGGUCAGGUGAUUUAGUUGACUCGGCCAAGCCAUCAAUCCUGAAUUCACUAGCUCCAGUUAAAGAAGAGAUGAGCCAAGUGGGAGAUCAUAUUGGUGUAAAUAUGAGUGGUGUGGGAGGAAUUGUUGAGGGUUUGAAUCAAGUGACAAUGUUAGAGGGUUUAGUGGCAUUAAAGAGGAGUUUGGAGGAGCAGAGAAGGCAUGUCGCAAUUAUAAUUGGUCUGUUGGGAGGGGAGACUGAUGGAGAAGACCAAAUGGUGCAAAUGACUGAGAAUCUGAAGGAGGAGUUGGACAUUGAGAAGCAAAAGAACUUGAAGCUGGAGAUGGAAUUGGAGUUUAUUAAGAUUGUGAUUUCUGGUGCAUUUGCUGCUGCUUCAUUUCCUAAUUGAGAGUUUUUCAUUGAAGCAUUGACUUUUUGGGGAAGAUGGGAUUUUGGCGUCUCAAGCUUCUGAUUUCUUGUGCAUAUAAUGUUUGAUUUCAUAGGAUUAGUAAAAAGGAAAAACUAAGCCUUCACGUCUUUUUAUUUAUUUACUUGCGUUCCUUUCUAGUUUUUAGCAACAGUAGAGGACAAAUUGGCUUUGAGACUUCGAUCUGGUUUUCAAUUUUGUCUUCAGGCUCAGUAGGAUCCCUUUUGUAGAUCUUAAUACAUGCAAUGAAUGAGAUGCAAUAUGACCUUUCGCUGUCAA